AUGGAAUUGUUUACUCAAAAUGAUACAAAUAAGGCAGAAGAUAAUUUAUUAAACAAUAAUCUUGAGGAAAUGAAUAAUGAGGAUGUGGACAACUCUACUCAUUCAAACUUUUCUAUUACAACCUUUUUGACAACAACAGAAAAGUCUGAUUUAAAUAAAUUAUCAAAGCAACCUCCACCUCUUCCAACAUUUUUGGAUGCAAAUACAACGACUGAAACAAUUCCAACAAAUAUUUCAUUUACUUCUUCAUUAUUAUUGGAAAAUUCUACAAACGUAGUUGAAGUAGAAUAUAAUGGGUGUGAUUGUCCAAUGAUUGAUACAAACGAUUUUGAAAUUGGGGCAAUUAUUGGUGCAAUUAUAGCCGGUGGAAUAUUUUUUGUUAUAAUGUUGGUACGUGUUUGCUUGAAAAAACGUCAGGAAGUUGGUCCAGGCAUUCGAUGUUUCUUUUGCCUUUGA